AUGAGGGGUCUCGCCCUUCGCCUUCUCGCCGUCAUCGCCACCGCGGCGCUCUUCGCGACCGUCCACGGUCGUACGCUGCGUGACCUGGGCACGUCGCCGAAGCGGUCGCUGCUGCAGACCAUCAGCUACAUCGGCCCGAAUGCCGCGCUGACUGACGUCAGGAACGACGCCACGCACUCGACGACCCUCGAGGGACCCCUGCGCGGGAUCGCCAACAAGUCCCCGCAGGGCUCGUUCGAGAUCGUCAAGACGGCCGCGACGGACGAGUGGUCGCUCGGGGCCACCAUCCAGAACCUGGAAAGGAUGGAGGCCGCUGCAAUCAGUGGCGACUGGGCCUGCGUGGGCCGCGUGGACUACAACCUGCCGGGCUCGGGCCCUGGGGUACCGGGCCAGGGGUCUGGCUCGCGGAACGAGUACAACAACGGCAUCAUCGACUUCUACAAGAAGGUGGGCGGCGCGUGGGUGUUCAAGAAGCGGUUCCGCCCGGGCUCCGACGGCGUUCCGACCGUCUACAAUGCGGACUUCGGGCGCCAGAUUGCCAUGGAUGGCGGGAUCGCCGUCGUGGGCGUGCCGGCGUGGCAGGACAACCAGGGGCGCGCGUACGUGUUUGAGCUCAACAGCGGGACGGACACCUGGUCGUUCGUGACGGAGCUGGACCCCGGAACGAACUCCGUCCUGCAGGCCGGCUCGUUCGCGUUCGCGCAGCAGUUCAAGCGCUUCGGCCAAGACGUGGCGGUCCUCGGCGACGAGGUGUUUGUGGGGUCGCCCGAGUUCCUCGAGGGCAACAACGGGCAAGCGCAGGGCACCCUCGGUCCCGGUGCGGUGUAUGUCUUCAAGCGCGGGAGCAGCUGGAACCGCGUCAACUUCGCGGGCAAGAACGGCGCGACUUGGCAGUCGGCGAGCCACACGACGCACCUGAAACAGAUCCUGCGCCCCAACGUCCCCGUGAGCAACCCGCUGCCCAGGGAGAGCAAGAGGAUCGGGUUCGGCAAGGCGCUGGACAUCAGUCCGGACGGCAACACGCUGGUCGUUGGCGCGCCGUACUGGGGCCGCGAACUCUACUUUGACCAGCGCCCCAACCCGGACGACGUCUGGAUGGGCGACGGCGCGGCGUUCUUCUACACUCGCGUUCCCGGCACGAGCACGUUCGGGUCGGAGGCUAUGGUGCAGUCCACGACGGGGUCGCUGCAGCGCUUUGGGCACAACGUCGCCACGGACGGGAGCUGCGCACUGGUCUCGCAGCUGCAGGGCGGCGACGGUGACGGCACGCGUCGCCUCCUUGGCUGGAUUGGCGGCUACUACGGCAACCUGCCAACCUGGUCCGUCAUUGACUAUUAUGGCGGGGUGCAGAAGUUCUGCCUAGUUGGCGGCACCUGGACGGCGCAGACGCUGACCAAGACGGCCGUCCCUACUAGCUCUGCCGGCCCGCAGGCGGCCAGCGAUCCGGCGAAGACCGCGCCGGGCGUGUGCGGCUGCGGCGUGGCGGACACGGACUCGGACGGCGACGGGGCGGAGGACUGCAACGACCAGUGCCCCACGGACGCCGGCAAGACCGCGCCGGGCGCGUGCGGCUGCGGCGUGGCGGACACGGACUCGGACGGCGACGGGACGGAGGACUGCAACGACCAGUGCCCCACGGACGCCGGCAAGACCGCGCCGGGCGCGUGCGGCUGCGGCGUGGCGGACACGGACUCGGACGGCGACGGGACGGCGGACUGCAACGCCCAGUGCCCCACGGACGCCGGCAAGACCGCGCCGGGCGCGUGCGGCUGCGGCGUGGCGGACACGGACUCGGACGGCGACGGGACGGAGGACUGCAACGACCAGUGCCCCACGGACGCCGGCAAGACCGCGCCGGGCGCGUGCGGCUGCGGCGUGGCGGACACGGACUCGGACGGCGACGGGACGGAGGACUGCAACGACCAGUGCCCCACGGACGCCGGCAAGACCGCGCCGGGCGCGUGCGGCUGCGGCGUGGCGGACACGGACUCGGACGGCGACGGGACGGAGGACUGCAACGACCAGUGCCCCACGGACGCCGGCAAGACCGCGCCGGGCGCGUGCGGCUGCGGCGUGGCGGACACGGACUCGGACGGCGACGGGGCGGAGGACUGCAACGACCAGUGCCCCACGGACGCCGGCAAGACCGCGCCGGGCGCGUGCGGCUGCGGCGUGGCGGACACGGACUCGGACGGCGACGGGACGGAGGACUGCAACGACCAGUGCCCCACGGACGCCGGCAAGACCGCGCCGGGCGAGUGCGGCUGCGGCGUGGCGGACACGGACUCGGACGGCGACGGCAUCGCAGACUGUAUCGAUCUGUGUCCCAACGACCCCGAUGACGACGCUGACGGCGACGGCGUGUGUGGCGACGUCGACAACUGCCCGUCUGUAGACAACGCCGGCCAGCAGGACGCCGACGGCGACGGGCUGGGCGACGCGUGCGACCCGGACAUCGACGGCGACGGCGUGCUCAACGGCGUCGACAACUGCCCCCUGGUGGCCAACCCCGACCAGGCCAACCAGGAUGGCGACGGUCUCGGCGACGACUGCGACGGCGACAUCGACGGCGAUGGCGUGCCGAACGGCAUCGACUACUGCCCCGACACUCCGCAGUCUGACGAGGCGGCGGGCGUCUACGCAGUCGUGUUCCCGCCUGGCGGCGCCAACGCUGGCUGCAGCGCGUACGACUUGUGCCCCUGCGACAACAACUGGCGCAACCACGGCAAGUACGUGCGCUGCGUCGCCCACACGGUCAACGAACUCACCGACCUCGACGUCCUCGACGAGGGCGAGGGCGACGAGAUUGUGUCGGGAGCAGCCAGGUCGGACUGCGGCAAGAAAAACUGA